GUCGAACGGACGAGUAGUGGAAAAGUAGAAAAAACGUUUAUUCGACGCCACUUUAUAAUCCCAACUAGCUACACAGGAUUGGCCGUUGUGCUUACCGCCUGUUUGGUGUUCCGUUCAGGGUGGUAAGGGCGAAUGUGUAGCGAAGGAGGUCAGAAAGACUGAUCCGUUUGCGACGGUCCACUCGUAUGCGAUCCAAGAAUGACUGCGAAACCAUGACGAACCAGAAUGAGGAAACGCGAGCGACAUAUGAGCAAUAACUGAACGAACAACAGCCGAUGAAUGAAAAGUCGUCAUGCAGAGUGCAUCAGUGUGUAGUCCCGCCGAAAGGUGCCCAUAAACAAUGCUAUUACGUUGUGAUUUCUGUUAGCACUUAAUAACAGACGUGUAAAAAAAAUUACAAGGCAACACGUUAAAAAACAUUCGAUCGAAUCCUCUAGAGUUACGUGCAACAUUUGCCUGCUUAUGCGUCCAGUGGGGCGGCAGAAUUCGUUGUGAGGACAAAUAUAGGACUAUAGAAAGAAAUCAACGGGAAUAACGAAAAAGUCAAAUGCUGUUAGAGGAAUUAUAAACACAUCCAGUGAGUGAAAAAAAAUGGCCACUCCUUGCUUCGACUCAAGAUCUUUUGUUGUUAUAAACGUAUUGUUAAUUUCAUUAUGGAACGUUGCGCAAGCUGCACCUAUGAACGACUUCAACAAAGGUCACAGUCAAGAAGGGGUGAUUCUGCCAGAUGGAUACGAACUGACGCGCUGCUCAAGGAUUGCAAGUCAAAAUGAUUCACGCUUGCUGGUAUGUUUAGACACAAAAGAGGAACCCGUGUUAUUGACUAUUUCCUCAGUCAAAGAUUUUUCUUCAUUUACUGCCCGAAAUCAAUCGCCUCCUCAAAGCAAGUACCUUAUCGCACCGCGAACAAGCCAUUUUGUGCCGUCUUUCCUCCGCCGAUGCUUACCAGCGCCGCCGAUAAAUAGAGAACAACGUGAUCAUUCCAUACCUAGAUUGGCAGAAUCCCAAAAUAAUCGAUUGCACCGUAGCUUUUUCAACUGUCACGACAGCACUACAGAGUAUGCUACAUUACGGGUUGGUCUAGCACAUCAUAUAUUACGGGAUAAACGGUGGAUCGAGGUUGUGGUAGUGGAUAGCAAUAAUCGUCAAAUAAGCGGGACCAGCGGCGAAAACGAAGGUCUACAUCACAAAAGUCCAGCCGUAAAGGCUUUUAAUAGUAGCUCCCAUAUUUUCGACACCCACGAAGCAGACAAUCAGAAAACUAUUACAGAGCAAGCUGACGACGCCGCUAGCGUAGGGGAACGUACUGACUGUGUCGACGAACAUGACCCGAACUGUGAUCUGGAAAGCGCUCGCAAUGAGGACAAUUGAGCGUAACUGGUAAAUGAACAUGCCGUAUAACCAAAACUAUUAAUUACAGCUACUAUUUAAUUCUACUUCAUUAUAACUACUUUAACAGUAUCUGAUGGCAGUGCUACUGAUAUUGUAGUCACGUCGUAUAUGCGAUACAUUAAAUAUAUUGACGAGCUUAAUGUAGUUUGGACACAGACAAAAAAAAAAAC